CUGGCCCCAGCUAGAGCCCACCUACCGCCUCUUUCUUGCUGCCCCCAGUUCCUUCCUUCCUCCAGAAUCUUGACCGUCCCCAAGAGCUUUUUGCUUGGGCGGCGCCGCACCGCGCCGGCCAAGAUUUGCUUCGAGGACUAGGGAGAGAUGCAUGAUGCGCGCGUGCGCUCUGACCUCUAGAACUCAGCGCCCCCACACUCCUGCUGUUAGCUACUGGUAGUGGUAGAGGAGCACUCGCCAAAGGUUUGGGGAUCGGUCAAGCAGAUUGUCCAAGAAACGAUCUUGGGAGCGGGCACCUGCGAGAUCAAGAAGCUGGCGGCGAGCAAGUGGUGGGAGCGCGGCGGUGAGGGCGUCAUGGCUGGAAUGGAUCCCGGCGGCGGCGGCGAGGCUGGGGCUGCGUCGCACUACCUGGACCUCCUCCGCGCGCAGCAGCAGCAGCUGCAGCACCAGCAGUCGCCGCUCUCCCCAUCCUCCCACGUCAAGAUGGAGCGCUCCGCGCCGUCGCCCGAUAAGAGCCCAGCCGGCAACGUCGAUCCCGGCGGGGAUCAGCCCUCGUCGUCGGCCCUGGUGCCGCCGGAGGGCGGCGGCGGGUCCGGCGGGCAGACGAGGAAGCCGCGCGGGCGGCCGCCGGGGUCCAAGAACAAGCCCAAGCCGCCCAUCAUCAUCACGCGGGACAGCCCCAACGCGCUGCACUCCCACGUCCUCGAGGUCGCCGCCGGCGCCGACAUCGUCGAGUGCGUCUCCGAGUACGCGCGCCGCCGCGGCCGAGGGGUCUGCGUGCUCAGCGGCGGCGGCUCCGUCUCCAACGUCGCGCUCCGCCAGCCAGGCGCCGAGCCACCGGGCAGCCUCGUCGCCCCCCUGCGCGGGCAAUUCGAGAUCCUGUCCCUCACGGGCACCGUGCUGCCGCCGCCCGCGCCCCCGGGGGCCAGCAGCCUCAGCGUGUACCUCGCCGGCGGCCAGGGACAGGUCGUGGGUGGGAACGUCGUCGGCCAGCUCAUCGCCGCCGGGCCCGUGGUCCUCAUGGCCGCUUCGUUCGCCAAUGCCGUCUACGAGCGGCUGCCGCUGGAGGGUGAGGAAGAGGUGGCCGCGGCUACCGCAGCCACAGCAGCCGCCACUGAGCCCCAAGGUGAAGCAGAAGCGGCCGGAGAACAACCACAGCAACAGGAGGCGUCGCAAUCAUCAGGGGUGACCGGAGGUGAUGCUGGUGGCGGCGGCAUUGGCCAUGGAAUGUCACUGUACGAUCUUGGAGGGAACGCGGCUGGCUACCAGUUGCCAGGUGACAACUUUGGCAGCUGGAGACCACCAUUUUGAUCUACAUACCAAGCUCUUGGCAAUGGCAUUGCAUCAGGGCAAGUGUCAGAAGAUUCCAUGAUGGAGGAGCUCCCUGAUCAUGCAUUUUGGUUGAAGGCUACACUUUGACAAGGGCAUAAGGCAAUGUGAUGGGUGCUGAUAAUGCAUGCAGCACUUGGGGUUCGAUGGGGAAUAAUCCAAAUUGAUGUACACAUAUACCAUCUAUGGCAAAGUGAGUACCAACAAUGAAAGUCCAUUUUUUGGGUGAUCUAUUGGUCCAACAACAUCCAAGAAGGUCAGUAGGUCCAGUGUUUAACUGUUUAGAGACCAUCCUGUCAUCUUUUGCUUUAUAAUGAUGUUUGUCAAGUUGUCAUGAUGUUUGCCUUUUACUUCUAUUUAGAAGGAUAAUUAUUAUGUCCUUUUUACUACUUGCACUCUUUAUACUACUGCUAUCAUCUUUUCAUUU